AUGGGUAAAGUCAAACUUGAAAAUUCUAAACAAACUGAACUGACUCCUUCCAUUCUUCAAGAGAAAGUCAUAACAUGGUGCAAUCUUAAAGUCAGAUACAACAAUGAGAGAGGCGGAAGUUUUCAAGAAAAAAUUAUAGUAACAUUACCUGAUGGCAAAGAAGUAAUGGGAAAAUCUCGGAGAACCACGCCAUACAGUGUAGCAAGAAACAUUAGUAAGGGAUUAGCUAGAGAGGGGGUUGUAGCUAUGGUGGACGAUAAACUGUGGGAUUUCAACCGACCUCUUGAAUCCAGUUGCAAGCUAAUUCUUCUCAAAUACAACGAUCCCAGGGCAAAGAAAGUGUUUCAGAAUUCUAGCGCAUUGUUACUGGGCGCUGCCUUGGAGAGAGUUUAUGGAGGAAAGGCCUGUAGUCACCUGUGUGGGGAAACAGAAUUUUGCUAUGACAUGUACAUUCCUGACCGUAAGAUCUCUUUUUUUGACUUUCCAGAGAUUGAAAAUAUGGUAAAGAGUAUUGUAAAUGAGCAACUUCUAUUUGAGCGAAUGGUAGUAAGGAAGGAAGAUGUUUUUAAGUUUUUUAAGUCUAACGAGUAUAAACGUAAAAUAAUAAAUGAACUGAUAACUCCUACUGUAACUAUGUAUCGUGUCGGUUCUUUUAUUGACAUUUGUGAAGGCCCGCUUGUUCAACAUACUGGUAAAAUAAAAGCCUUCAAGAUUACAAAAACGCUAGUCACUCAUUGGAAAGGAGACCCCACACUAAAACCACUUCAAAGGUUAUGUGGUACUUCAUUUCCAGACAAAAAAAAGAUGAAUCAAUGGGAAAAGGGGCAAAAGAAUAUCAUUAAAAUAGAUCACCGCUCCAUAGGAAGGAAUCAAGAGCUAUUUUUCUUUGAUGAGAUGAGUCCUGGCUCACCAUUUUUUCUGCCAAAAGGCACUCAUAUUUUUAACAAACUGGUCAACUUCAUGAAAUCUGAAUAUUGUAAAAGAGGUUUUAAAGAGGUUAUCACUCCAAAUUUAUUUAAAGCCAAACUCUGGGAGAUCUCAGGUCUUCUGGAACACUAUCAAUCAAACAUGUUUUCAUUUGAGGCAGAAGAGGAAAAGUUUGUGUUGAAGCCUAUGAACUGUCCUGGUCACUGCUUGAUAUUUGACCAUAAGCCGAGAUCAUGGAGAGAGUUACCACUAAGAUUGGCUGAUUUUGGGGUCCUACAUCGCAAGGAAUGUUCUGAAGGACUCUUGGGAAUGACAAGGUUACACCGGUUCCAACAAGAUGAUGCCCAUAUAUUCUGCACCACUGGUCAGAUCAAAUCAGAGAUCACAAGAGCUCUUGAUUUUCUUAAAUAUGUGUACGAAGUAUUGGGUUUAGAUUUUCAUCUUCUCCUUUCCACUAGGCCUGAGAAGUUUAUGGGUGAAAAAGCCUUGUGGGACGAAGCCGAGAACCAACUUGUAGAAUGCCUCAAUGCAUUUGGAGAACCUUGGAAAGAAAGUCCAGGAGAAGGAGCAUUUUACGGUCCCAAGAUCGAUGUAAAAAUUCAAGAUUAUCAGCAACGUAGCCAUCAGUGUGCCACCAUCCAACUUGAUUUUCAACUACCAAUCAGAUUUGGCCUAUCGUAUAAAAAUCAGAACAAUGAAAUGUCUCGACCAGUCAUAAUUCAUCAAGCUAUGCUAGGUUCUGUUGAGCGGAUGAUCGGGAUACUUGCAGAGUCUUAUGAAGGGAAAUGGCCAUUCUGGUUAUCUCCUCAUCAGGCUAUGGUGAUACCAGUAGUGCCAAAGUUCAAUAAAUAUGCAGUGGAGGUGAGGCAGCAGCUUGUUGACGCCGGUUUUGAGUGUUUAGUAAAUGAACAUCCAACCAAACCCUUUGAUAACAAGUUGAAAAAUGCUCAAGUUGGAGGGUAUAAUUUUAUUCUGACUGUUGGACAAAGAGAGGUUAAUACAGAAACUGUGAAUGUUCGAUCUAGAAAUAAUUAUAUAAAAGGUAUCUUCACUGUUCCAGAAAUUAUACAAAAGUUUCAACACUUGACUGAGGUUAAAAAUACAACGGAUCGAUUCUACUAAACAUAAUUUUGUUUUAUUUGAGAAACAGUACGGAAACAAACUCAAUCCCAAUUAGAUAUGGAUUGGAUCUUGGCU